UCCUACACAGGUGAAAUGUCUGUUGUUAUUGCUGCAUAAUUGCCGUCGUCGUAGUAGUUUUGGAUCUCUUUUGUUUUUUUUUUUUUUUAAGUCAUUUAAAUGAUGAUCACAAACAUAUGUUGAUCAUCUACUACUGCGGUGGCGGCAUCAUAGGUUUAGUUAAUAUUUAAAUAAUUUAAUGAGUGAAAUCUAGUAUUCUGUGUUUUAUCCAUAAUUUUUUUUAUUUUUUUACAGUAUUAAUUUUCAACUGUAUUAUUUUAUUAAUUAAUCGAAGUAUUCUAGCUAAAUAAUUGUAUAGUUCUAUAAACGUCGCAUACUGUUAUUAUUUAGUUAUAUUUUUUGAAAAUGUUAGUGUUAUUUAUUAAGCCAUCCAAUAUUGCACAGCAUAUGGAGAUGAGAAUUUUGGUGAAGCUUUAGCCUUACAUUCUGUUACAAUUUCAUGAUACCCAAAGGUUUUGGCUAGGAUGAUGGCGCCCAAAUUGCAAGAGGAAAAUAUUAUCAACAACAACAACAAAGGUGAUAAUCCUAAAUUCAAACUUAACAUAGAAGAUUCCACUGCUGUGAACGGCGGCAAUACGGAUUCCAACUCGACAAAUAACAGUCAGUUUUCGAGUAUGUCCGAAGAGGAAAGCUACGAGUGUUACGGAGAAGGAGACAACGUCAUGGAUACGUCAUCACCUAUAAUUAGUGUUAACGGCAUUGAAAAUAAUAAUCCAAACCAACUGGGUUUAAAAAGGAAUACGUGGCUAAGAACUAGUUUGAGGAGAACUAACGGAAACAAUACUGAAGUGUUACCUAACAGAAAAUGGGGUUCUAUGAGACAUUCAUCGGGCAAAAGGAUCAGCUCUAAUGCUCUCGCUAGUGAAUUGUAUCGAAGCUCUAGUUUUAAUUCAUCCGGUCGCAGUUCUAUUUGUGAUACUCCGGACGAUGUUUACUCGGACACUUCUAUUGAAGAGGAUGUUCACGACCUCAACAAUAAGGUUCAAGUACUACAAAAACAAAUGAAUGUAUUAGCUGACAACCAAACAUUAACUGAUGAACGUUAUGCUCGUACCAAAGAAGAAAAUGCUGCUUUACAAGCCCGAGUUCAUAUGCUUGAGGAGCAGUUACGAGAUACUGAGCUUCGUUAUGAAGAAAGACUUGCAUCUGAAGAACGAAGACAUAGAGAGCUUGUUACUCGAGUAGAUCGUGAAAAACAAUUGCAUAUUGAUAAUUGUGCCAUAAGACUUCAAAAUUUUAAAGUGGCAAAAGAAAGUGUACGGCUAGAGGCUGAAAAAUAUAAGUCAAUGUUUGAAACAAUACGUAAUGAAAAAAUUGUUCUUGAAAACCGGGUAGAUGAUCUUAAACUUAGCUUACAAUCUUUCAAAGAUGAAAUACAUAUUUUAGAAGCUGAAUUAAGAAAACAAAAACAACAAAUUAAAGAAAAUGAAGAAAUUAUUGAAGGCUUAACUAAAGAAAUAGAAGUAUCUAGAAUAGAAAAAGAAGCUAUGGUCACUGAACUUCAUUCUCCUUCACCUUAUGUAACUGAACUUACUACUCAACUAGAAUUUCUUAAACAUCAAAAUCAAUCACUAAAAGAUUCUUAUGAUGAAUUGCAAUCAUCUACCAUAGCCAAAAGUAUAGAAAAAGGAAGAAUACUUUUAAAUGAAUCUCCUAGUCUAGCAUCUGAGCUUGAUGGAUUAACUCAUGAUGAUCACAGUCCCUCGUCUUUACAAUUAAAAAAGAUGAAAACUGCUUUAAAAGAUCAACAAGAUGUGAAUGACCAACUUCGUGCUUAUAUUGAUAAUAUAUUAUUAAAUAUUGUUGAAAAUCAUCCAGAAUUACUUGAAGUAAAGCAAAAUUUAUAAGUUAUGUUCCUAAGUAUGGAAAUUUUGUUCAUUUUAUUAAAAACCAUUAGUUUCAUUAUUCUAAUUAUUAUAUUAAUAUUCCCAUUGUUUUGAGAAUUCUUUACCUAUUUAUUAUUUAUAUUACUACCCACCUUUUUUUCUUUUAUGUUUUAAAGACAUUUGCAUUUAAGUGUAUUAUUAAUAUUUUAUUUUCUUGAUUAUUUGUUAAAAUUAAUGCAGUGAUUUACCAAGUGUAAAUAUUUUUUUCAAUAUUUAAUUACAGUUGGUAAAAAUUUGUAAAUAGUAAAAUAUCUUUCCGUCCAAUUGUACAUUGUUAAUUAAUUUUAUGUAACUUUUUAGAUAUCAUAAUAUUUACAUAAAGUCCUACAUGUUAUUGUUAUUUUAUAUAUGUGUGCUUAUUUAUCAUAAUACUGUUAUCUAUACAAAGAGACUGUGAUGUGGUAAUAUAUUAAGUGGAUUUUAUUGUAUUGAGUAUAGUGCCAGAUUCACAAUAAAUAUAACAGUAUUUUUAUA